GUGUAGUAUCAAUUUGGUAAAGAAACCCUCUGGUCCGAUUGUGAAACAAUUAUUCGUUGAAACAAAUCCAGACAUUGCCAUGGCGAAAAUAAUUUCGCUCAGUUCAGUAAUCUUCGGCUGCGUCUUGCUGGUCCGCGGGGAAUCGCCUACCACCAGCUACUCGGUCAGAGGUGACGCUAAUUACGACUACAACACCAUCAAAGACGGCCACAGGGACACAACGGAUUUCUACUCCGCUGGUAGCAGUGGACACACCAACAGCAGGAGUCAAGGAAACCUCGAGGAGAGUUUAAGAGCCAACACAUACAGUGGUUUCUCUCCGAGCUCCCACGACAGUGGUUUCCAAGGGUUCUCCAGCAGCGGUACCAGUUCCUACUUCGGGAACGACCCUGUACAGUCCUCCUUCGACGGUUAUACCAACGCUAACAACGGUGAUUCCACGUUUGACGCUUAUACGCACAGCAACGAUCAAGCUGGCUCCGACUUUAGUCAGUUCUCCAGCAAUAAGCACAAGAACUCUGCCUACAUGAAGUUCACGGACAGUCUGCCUGGCGCGUCCAUCGCAGGGAGCUUCUCCGAGAUAGCUCCCGAAGGUUCUGCUUACAGAGAGUAUUCUGGAGAUGCGUUCAGAGGUCACGCACCUGGAGGAUUCAUGGAUGGCGAGCAAUCCUUCAACAGAGAACCUACGAGCUUGUUCAACGCGGCUGGCAGUGAUUAUUCGUUCGGGAAGCACAAGGAGGGUAUGUUUGGAAUCGGAGGAAGUAACAAGUACCCCAGCGAGGGUUAUCCCCUUCACUCUGACACGCGUUACAUACGUGGAAACCAUGGGAGCAUGGGACGCGAGUUCCCAUCUCCUGGGUACGUAACGAGCUCGUCGAGCAGCCCUUAUAGUAGCAUCCGUGGAAGCUCUGGUAUUUACAGCUCGGGCAAAUACAGUAAAUAUAACAAAUUCUUGGGCGAUUACGCUCCAGGAGCGGGUCUGAAUUACCUCUCGAAAGACCAAGACGCUGAUUAUUUAUUCGCCAACUACGGAAAGGGCAAGGUAGCAGCGCUGAAAGAUAGCAGACCGAGCAGUAGCUAUGGCGGUCAAGCUUAUCUCGGUGGUCCGUCGUAUCUGAACAAAAUCGCCUCGAGUUACAAGAGCAAGCCGAGCUUCAUGAGCUACCCGAGCAGUUCUCUGCUUAGUUAUCCCUCGAUGUCGAGUUUGCACAGCAGUUUCAGUGGCAAUAGCUACGCGGAUGGUCCCAGCCCUAUGCUUCGAAGAUACCGAAGCAGUAGUGGCUACAUUCCUGGCCAUGGGAGCAUGUACUCCGGUUUUUAUUAACGUUUCCUAUGUGA